AUGGCCAUCCCUGAAAACGCACAAGUCGCCGAGGGCGAGGACCAGGCCGCCGCUGCUGGCUGGGUCGAGCGCACUGCCUUUGACUACACUGCCAUGGCUCAGGCCCAAGCUGGCUCUACCUGGGACGGCAAUGCUCGUAUUUAUCAGUGGAGCGAUGAAUACGGAGAUGUCGGUCCAGCUUUUGAGGAGCUUGAAGUUGAGCUUUUUGGCUCCGCUGAGGAUCGCAACAAGCACAUUGGUGGCGGUCUCGAUUUUUCUGCGAUCGAGAGCAUCGAUGUCGUUCAGGAAGGCCCUGAGCGAAUUGAGUACAUCAAGGCGUUUGCUGAUGCCGGGAUUCAUCCUGUCAUGAUGAAGAAUGUGGAACUUUCAGGAUAUCAAGUGCCAACUCCCAUCCAAAAGUUCACUAUCCCAGCCAUCUUGCAAGGCUACGAUGUCAUCGGCGUUGCUCAAACAGGCUCUGGAAAGACUGCUGCCUACCUGAUUCCCAUUUUGAGCAAGCUCAUGGGAAAGGCGAAGAAACUGGGCGCCGCUCGUCCCAAUCCCCUCACCUUUCAGGAGGGCAUUGACAAUGUGAUUGCGGAGCCACUUGUGGUCGUCGUCGUUCCAACUCGUGAGCUGGCGGUGCAGAUUUUCAAUGAAGCCAGAAAGCUCUGUUAUCGCUCUAUGCUGCGACCUUGUGUCGUGUACGGCGGAACCCCAAUCCGUGAGCAACUGAGUCUCCUCUCCCGAGGCUGUGACAUCCUCAUCGGAACUCCUGGCCGCCUCAAAGACUUCAUCGGACGCCCUGACAGACUGACUCUCCGCCGAGUCAAGUACAUGGUCAUUGAUGAAGCUGAUGAGAUGCUCCAACAGGACUGGGAGGAAGAGCUCCGAGCAAUUCUCUCUGGUGGAGAACAAGAUGAAGGGAAUGUCAAGUAUGGUCUUUUUUCGGCCACCUUCCCUCGCGCGGCUCGAGCCCUCGCCAAGGAAUAUCUGUCCGCUUCUCAUAUUGUUAUUGAGACUGGCCGAGAGAAGAAGAAUGAGCUUCUUCUCAACCUUCUUGAGGAGAUGAAUAGUGUGCGCACUAUCAUCUUUGUCAACAGCCGCCAAGCUGCCGAUACGCUGGACGACUUCUUGUACAAUAUGAAGCUUCCGGUCACCUCUAUUCAUAGUGACCGCACCCAGGUGGAGAGAGAGGCGGCCAUGCGAGCUUUUCGCAGUGGCCAAGCCCCUAUUCUCGUUGCCACUGGAGUUACGGCUCGCGGUAUUGAUGUGCGCAAUGUCAUGCACGUCAUCAAUUACGAUCUGCCCUCGAUGGAUCAUGGUGGAAUCGAAGAGUACACUCAUCGCAUUGGUCGUACCGGUCGCAUCGGUCACCGGGGAGUGGCGACUUCAUUCUUUACCGAUCGUGACGAGGCAAUCGCGAGCGUUCUUACCAGAACCUUGCUGGAGACUAACCAGGAUAUUCCCGACUUCCUGCAGUCCUACAUUCCGGACAAUUAUGCCAACGGCAUCAAGGUGAAGUUUGAAACGGAGUCAGACUUCGACCCCAAUGAUGUUGCUGGUGCUGGAGACGCCCAGGGAGGAGGCUGGGGAGGCGACGAGACAGCCAACCCGGGCUCUGGUGCAGGAGGCUGGGGCGCCUCUGGAGAUUCCGGUGAUGCUGCAGACUCUGGCGGUGGCUGGGGUACUGGUGGUGAUGUCGCCGGAGGUGAUUCUGGCGGCAUCUGGGGCGCAGACGCAGCUCCCACCAAGGCAUGGUGA